CGUGGCGUCAUCGUCACGCGCCGGAAGUGAGAGGCGCCGAGCGGUUCUCACGCGGAGGCGGCGGGAUGGCCGAGGCGGGGGCCGGCGCGGGCCGCUUCAAGGCCAACUACGCGGUGGAGCGCAAGAUCGAGCCUUUCUACAAGGGCGGGAAGGUGCAGCUGGACGGGACGGGGCAGCACCUGUUCUGCGUCUGCGGGACCAGAGUCAACGUCCUGGAUGUGGCCUCAGGAGCCGUGCUGCGGGGGCUGGAGCAGGAGGACCAGGAGGACAUCACCGCCUUUGACCUCAGCCCCGAUGACCAGGUGUUGGUGACUGCCAGCCGAGCAUUGCUGCUGGCCCAGUGGGCGUGGCGAGAGGGCAGCGUGGUCCGCCUGUGGAAGGCCCUGCACACCGCCCCUGUGGCCAGCAUGGCCUUUGACCCCACCUCCACGCUGCUGGCCACAGGUGGCUGCGACGGGGCCGUGCGGGUCUGGGACAUUGUCCGGCACUAUGGAACGCAUCACUUUCGGGGCUCCUCUGGCGUGGUGCACCUGGUGUCCUUCCACCCGGACCCCGCACGCCUGCUGCUCAUCUCUUCGGCCGCUGAUGCCGCCAUCCGCGUGUGGUGCCUGCAGGGCCGCACGUGCCUGGCCACGCUCUCCGCCCACUACAGCGCCGUCACCUCCCUGAGCUUCAGUGCCGACGGCCACAGCAUGCUCAGCUCAGGCCGUGACAAGAUCUGCGUCGUGUGGGACCUGCGGAGCUACCACGCCACCAGGACCGUGCCUGUGUUUGAGACUGUGGAGGCAGCUGUGCUGCUGCCGGAGGAACCGGCCCCGGAGCUGGGCGUGAUGUCCACCGACCUGCACUUCUUGACCGCGGGUGACCAAGGCGUGCUGCGCGUGUGGGAGGCGGCCUCCGGGCGGUGUGUGCACGUGCAGGAGCGGGCCCCGGGCCCCGGGCGGGUGCUGACGCACUGUGUCCUGGCCCCCACCGCGGGCCUGCUACUCAGCGCCACCGCCGACCACGACCUGCUGCUGUACGAGGCCAGGUCCCUGAGACUCCAGAAGCAGUUCGCUGGCUAUAACGAGGAGGUGCUGGACGUGCGCUUCCUGGGGCCCGAAGACUCCCACGUUGUGGUGGCCUCCAAUAGCCCAUGCCUCAAAGUGUUUGAGCUGCAGACGUUGGCCUGCCAGAUCCUGCACGGCCACACAGACAUCGUGCUGGCUGUGGAUGUGUUCCGGAAGGGGUGGCUCUUUGUCAGCUGUGCCAAGGAUCAGAGCAUCCUCGUCUGGAGGAUGGACAAAGCCGGCCGCGUGGCCUGCGUGGCGCAGGGCUCCGGGCACACGCACAGUGUGGGCACCAUCUGCUGCUCCAGGCUGAAGGAGUCCUUUGUGGUGACGGGCAGCCAGGACUGCACCGUGAAGCUCUGGCCCCUCCCGGAAGCUCUGCUGUCCCGGGGUGCAGCCGCGGAGGGCAGCCCCAUCCCACUGCAGGCCCAGACCACACAGCGCUGCCAUGACAAGGACAUCAACAGUGUGGCGGUGGCUCCCAACGACAAGCUCCUGGCCACAGGCUCCCAGGACCGCACGGCCCGGCUCUGGGCCCUGCCGCAGUGCCAGUUAUUGGGCGUCUUCUCAGGCCACCGGCGUGGCCUCUGGUGUGUCCAGUUCUCCCCCAUGGACCAGGUGUUGGCCACAGCCUCGGCUGACGGCACCGUGAAGCUGUGGGCACUACAGGACUUCAGCUGCCUGAAGACCUUCGAGGGCCACGAUGCCUCUGUGCUGAAGGUGACCUUUGUGAGCCGUGGCACACAGCUGCUGUCCAGCGGCUCUGACGGGCUCCUGAAGCUCUGGACCAUCAAGAACAACGAGUGUGUGCGGACACUGGAUGCCCACGAGGAUAAGGUCUGGGGUCUCCACUGCAGCCGGCUGGACGACCGCGCCCUCACGGGCUCCAGUGACUCGUGUGUCAUCCUCUGGAAGGAUGUGACUGAGGAGGAGCAGGCCCAGGAGCAGGCCGCACGCGAAGAGCAGGUGCUCAGGCAGCAGGAGCUGGACAACCUGCUCCACGAGAAACGCUUCCUGCGGGCGCUGGGCCUGGCCAUCUCCCUGGACCGACCCCACACCGUGCUGACCGUGGUGCAGGCCAUCCGGCGGGACCCUGAGGCCAGUGAGAAGCUGGAGGCCACCGUGCUCCAGCUGCGGCGGGACCAGAAAGAGGCCCUGCUGCGCUUCUGCGUCACGUGGAACACCAACGCGCGGCACUGCCACGAGGCCCAGGCUGUGCUGGGGACCCUGCUGCGGCAUGAGCGCCCCGAGGAGCUGCUGGCCUACGACGGCGUGCGGGCCUCGCUGGAGGCGCUGCUGCCCUACACGGAGCGCCACUUCCAGCGGCUCAGCCGGACGCUGCAGGCCGCCACCUUCCUGGACUUCCUGUGGCGCAACAUGAAGCUGGCCCCGCUCCCUGCCGGCCCAAGCCUCUGAGGCAGGAGGCCGGAGACGGUGCUGUCUGUGGCUCGUUUGCUACAAGCUAGGAGGUGCCUACCUUCAGCACACUAGUGGGCCCACACCUGUCGAGCAGACACAUGUGCCAGCUGGGAACCGGUGCGGCCCCCACGUGCCAACAGCAGGGCGUCUGUGGCCAGCAUGCCAUCAGACCCGCAGCGAGCCCUCCUGGGAGCAGGGGGAGGCGUGGAGGGCGUCCGAGGGCGCUCCUCAGGGACUCAAGCUGGAGCACAGACUCGAGGUGGGGGGGCCUCUGGAGGACGUCUGGGACUUGACUCGCCCUCGGUGCUGGCCUGAAGCUGCUUGGUGUGCACCAGGGCCACCGUGUAUGCAGACACUGGGCGUCAGCCUUUGAACCUUGGAGUGCCCACAUUGACCCCCACAGCCAGGCGCUCGGCGCAGAAGCUCUGAGACUCGCCAACCAGCUGGGAGCGGGCACAGCCGCAGUGACCGGGAGGCAGGAAUUGAGAGGUGGACGGGCCAGGCCCCAGCAGGCUUGUUGCAGACUGUAGUCUGGGCCCCUGAGCACCGACAUGUGGUCCCAGAAAAUAAAAAGAAUGAAGGGGCAAAGA